AUGUCGACUCGCCGACCACCCUUGGCCAAUGUUCCUAAUGCCACCAACUCCCCUCACAGACCAGGCCUCGUACCCACUAAACGAUCCAGGGCCAUCAGCUCUACCCAGAUCGACGUCUCAUAUGGCCAGCCCUUGUCGAAGAAGCAUGUUGUUGAUGGGAUGGACCAGGAUUCACGCUCCCCGCCUCGUGCCAAGAUGCUCGCCACCGGAACAGACGCGAAGGUCUUUUCGCGACGGUCCAACAAUACGCAGCCUAGCGCUUUCGAGAGAAAACUGGUGGCUGUGAGGGAUAAAGAGCGGCAAUUGAGAACAACCCGGCCCGAGAAGACGCCCGCGGAGACCUUGGAUACGAUCCGACAAUGGCAGAGGCAUUAUCGAAGGGCAUUUCCACAGUUUGUCUUUUACUUUGAUAGUAUACCGGAGGAUUCCCGCAGUAAAUGCUCGAGGCAGGUUCUUGCUCUGGGAGCUCGCGAGGAGAAAUUUUUCUCCCGUUUAGUGACCCAUGUAGUCACCACUCGCCCUAUCCCUCCCGAAACCGAUGCCGGAAGCGUUGCAGAGUCGGGUGUACAAUGUACUGCCGACCAACAAGAUAAUACAGUGAAUCCUUCUACACUGGAGAAGAACCCCGACGGCCGUGUCCAUAUGUCGUUGAAGAAUGAUGCACGACGUGAUCAGAGCGCUGAUGUCUUAUAUAGAGCCCGUCAAAUGGGAAUGAAGAUCUGGGCCCUUGAGAAGCUCCAGAGGAUGAUUACAACCAUCAAUGACGAGGAUAUUGGGGGACACCAUAACCACUACAGGUAUCACAAUGAUAGUGUUUCUCAGAAAGCCAGGGGUGGUCCCGACCUUACGCAAGUUCUCAGAAACGAGCUUGUAAAUGGACCUUCUGACCGUGAUCCUUUGCUCUCGGUAAAAGAGAUGGUUCUUUUUAGGGGGCCUUUCAUCUUUAUUCAUGAUAUGGAUGAAAAGACCAGGCCGGUCAUGGUUCGUGAAUACCCAAGGGUUGCAAGAAAAGAAGACGGUAUUUGGCCGCAGUUCAAGAGUGCACCUGUGGGGAAAUGCCCUUUCAUCGAAGAACCAUUAUCGGAGAGGGAACUGCUGCGGAUACGGGCAUACCGACAAGAAAGGGAAAAGAAAGCAGCAGCGAAGAUAACUCGUGAAGGUGAAGGGAAAAGCAAAAAUCCUGACUCAACUCAGCACACAGUUGAAAGCAAGGCUUCACUUCAGGUCCAAGAUAAAGUCAAAGAGGAAGACGACGGUGACCAUGCCUUCCCUAGAUUUCAACCUAGUAUGCAGAGGAUGGCUUCGGUAAAACAAGAAUAUCUGACAAAAAGCUCUGAGAGUUUCGUCCCUCCUCGAUUUUCCCGUACAGGACCCUUCUAUGCGGGCCGUGAACCCGCUGCAUCUGGUGUGCAGCCAUCGAAUGUCACCUCCGCUAUCCGCUCGCAGAUGAUUUCGUCAACUGCUGCAGCGCCUGGGGCAAAAGCAGGUAUUAGCAAAGAAGUUCACGAGUUGAAGAGAAAGGUGCUUGAAAAGAACAAUGGCGGCUUUUCUGCUCCGGGGAUUCCCUCGUCUCAUCGUGUUGCAGAUGUAUCUGCUGCGGCAAGGCCCACGCAGAGUCAGGGUAGUGCUCCCAGCAAGACAGUCCCGCAAGAGAACCUGGCGGACAUGCGCGAGGACGAUACUACUCUAUCGGAAAGCAAUAAAGCGACAGUGCAACCAUCUGGUGAUUUAAGCAAAAAUGAUCGGAAGAGGAAGCUGAGAGAAAGGGAGAGGGAGAGAGCGCAGCAGCAGAGAAGGAGGAAUCCAAAGCCGGGAUUCUGUGAAAAUUGCAGGGAUAAAUUUGACGACUUUGAUGUGCACAUCCAAUCGCGAAGACACCGCAAGUUCGCCCUGAACCCGGCCAACUGGAAGGAGCUUGAUGCAUUACUGUGUGAGCUUCACAGGCCCCUUAAGCCGGGCGCGUAUAAAUACGUUUAA